GAUAUACACCGGAAGAUGCUGCUCAGCACCAUUGCCCCUUUACUACCAAAGACCUUGGAAGUCUUAAGGCCAGGUUGCCUCAGUCAGUACCUCCAGACUGGGUACUGGAGAAGCUGGAAACCUGGAAAUGCCAAUUCUCCAUACAGAAUAAAAUACAAAAAAAAUGAAACAGCCGUAUUUGGAGAAAAUGUGACCAUCUUCUGCAAUUUAACAACUCCAGCAGAUGUUGUGCAAAUUACCUGGCAAAAGAUUCAAGGUUCUUUGCCACAAAAUAUUGGCACAUAUAGCAGUAUAUAUGGAGAAAAGAUUCUUCCACCAUACAGAGAUCGGCUGCACUGUGAGGUCAUCGAACCCAAUUCCUCAUUCAUAACUAUCCGUGAAGUAACAUUUGAAGAUGAAGCCUGCUAUAAAUGUCUAUUUAAUGUGUUCCCACAUGGCAGCCAUGGCGGACAAAUCUGCCUUAGCAUUAUAGCUGUAUCUGAAUUAAAAACUGAACUCCAGUCCAAUCUUGACUCUGAAGAUUUUCUUAGAUUUAUUUACUCAGCUGUGGGAAAACCUGUUCCUCAAAUAUCCCUUUUCCCAUCACGAGUCUUGAUUAAUCCACCAGAGGAAUACUUUGCUCAGAACCCAAAUGGCACUGUGACUAUCACUAAAAUGUACAACAUCUCCUUGGAGACUGUGAAGUCCCUAGGUCUCCAAUAUCUGACUGUGCGUAUGGAUCAUCCUCUAAGGAAUGAAGAAAAGAUUGUUCCGUUGUCAGUCAAGCAAGAAUGUACUUCUGGUUCUUCUUAUAUUUGGUUGCGUACAGUUGGUCCACUCAUAAUUUUGUUAUGUAUUUCAUUGAUCAUUGUCCAUCUUGUCCGGAAAAAGAAAAAGUGACAUCUGGAGAAACUGAAUAACAUUUCUCAAAAUUCUUCAUUUCUGACAUGCCUGUGUGGAAUUGUGUUAAAUUUCUGGACCUGAGAGAUUCCAUCUUGAUGCUCCAUUUUCCUUUCCAACUAAUGAACUCUUGAACUGAGCCAGAAGCGACAAUAGUUUUACAAACAGUUAAAUUUCAACACAGCAACUGGCAUUCAGGUCAUAUG